AUGGAAUAUCCUACCUCGAAUAUGAAUAGUGGUCAAUCGUCAUACACAUCCCAUCCACAGGAUACUACGCGCAUCUCACCUGGAUGUAAUCCCCAAUCCAACCCAUCCGCUUUUCCCAAUAGUGAUACGGGUCCACAUGGUCGUGCUUACAGCUCGUACCCGCCUGCCUACCAAACUCCAAAUGAGUUCGGCAGUCCGGGAAGUCACACGGCGCCCAAUCCACCUACAUAUCCACAUGUAUAUCCUCCUGAGGGCCACGGUCAAAGCUUGACGCUGAAUCAAUUACUACAACAGGGAAAUACUCCGAACAGUUAUCCUCCAAGGCCUCAUGGGGGCCCUCCACUGCAAGCACCAUAUCGCGCUUACGAACAUUAUCCCUACGGAUACAAACCCGGUGUGCCUGGUGUCGGUGAACGGCCACAAGGGAAUACAUAUCCGUAUGCUGGAACUCAGGGUCAACGCUACACGGAUCCUUACGGUCGGCCUACAUAUCCUCCCAGUUCCGCAUAUCCGUACUACCAGUCACCACCACCACCACAAUCAAUGGCCCAACCACCGACACAACGGCAGCAACCUGUCUCUUCCACUUCUUCAGCUUCUUGCGUGUCGUCAGUAUCCCCUGCACAAACUCACCCGAUGGACUUCAAUUGUUCGAAUUCCGGACUACCACCCCGGCCCGUUCAAUCCCAAACUGCAGUCGCGGGAGUACAUUCGAGCGAACGUCCGUCAUCCGGUACAAUGAACAGUAACAACGUGCAACACACACACACGCACCCUUCCCCCGUACAUGGUUCUCAAAUGUCUUCCCCUCUGCAUACUAGCGCUUCAAACGCCACUCCUGCCACGAACACCUCCCAGCCCUCCGGGGUUUGGUCUGGUCAUACGCCCCAGCCACCAUUUGGAUCUCCACAUCAGUUGGCCCAUGGGCAAAUCUCAUCGUCUGUUCAGCAAAACAACAGCGUGAAUAAUUCCAACAAUGUGGUGACCGGUAGUCGUCCACGGUCGUCCUCGCGAGAUUCAUCAAUAAAAGCCAGCGCGGGUUCUAUCUCAGAGAGUUCUAACGAUCCAGGGGCUCAUGGAACACCACAGCCAGCGGAUUCGGAUCGCACUGACACUCAGAUGACCAGCGUUGGUAUGACCGAUGAUUCCGGUUCCCGUCCGCAGUCACGAAUGAGUGAUUCCGGUCGACCAUCAACAGCAAACAGUACAGGGUCAGCUGGUCUGCGUGACCAAACAACAGACGAUCAGAAUGUGGCGAGCACUGUUGCUUCGUCCGCUUCUUCAGUCCCUACGUCAGUCACAUCAUCAUCAGCGGAUUCAUCCAGUGUUGGAGCGUCUGGUCCUGCUCAACUAGAUCCCACCUCAUCCAACACCAGUUCAACUUUUGUUUCCAAUCCCACCCUAAGUCCAAUUCCUACCACUCCGCGAGGAACUCCUCCAUCGCAUCCAUAUUCGGCCUUUCCGCAACCUAAUAGUGGUGUUGGGAACGUUCCGUCAUCGCUCCAAGCUGUUUCCGGUCAAUCCAAUGCAGGACCCAACCGACCUCCAAGCCAACCAAAUCAAUCGCCACGGCCUUACAAUAUGCCACCACAAUCUGCCAUGGGGCCGCGGCAACCGUAUCCACCAUAUAUGCAUUCUCUUGCAGGUCAGCAGUCACAACCACCACAGCAACAACCGCAUCCGCAUUACAUGGUUGGCGGUCGGCCUCCAGGUUUCUAUCCUGGUACAACCGUGGGCCCCGGUGGUCACCCGUCUAUGCGGCCAUCCAUGCACCCAAUGGGACCGAUACCCGGCCCGGGAAUGAGCCGAUCCGGUGCUCCGUUUGGCUCCCAAGGUAUGAUGAUGCCUCCUCCGGCUGCACCUCCUCCACCGACAAAUUCCAACCAGGCUAACUUGUCCGGUCCAGGCGCACCACCAUCUGCCUCUGGUUUCAUGGCUGGUAGUGUUGGUGGGCCGUAUCCAUCUCCAGGCAGUGGUCCUGCCGGUCCGUGCAACAGCAGCGGUGUUUGGGAAUCACAUCCUCAGGCUGGACCAGCAUCUUUGUCUUCAGCAGCUAGCAGUGCUAUGUCUCAACCCCAUUUCAGUGGCGGUAGUGGCCGUCCAUCACCACUCUAUAGCGGAAUGCCAGAUCGCGCUAUGACUUAUUCAGGCUCACCGCAACCUGGUGCAGUAAGCUCGGGUGCACCUGCACCGUCACACUCUGGCCCACAUCCUCAAUCCUCGAUGGCUCCCGGUAACUAUCCACAUCCACCAGGGCAACCUCCGUCUGCAUCAUAUCAGACACACGCGCCUCACUUACCAUAUCCGUCCACCCAAAUUCCUUAUGGUGGUGCGCCUCAUCCGAUUGCCCAACAUGCCUACGUUCCAGGGAUGGCGCCGUCCAUUGGCCCGGGUUCCUCGGUUCCACCGUAUUCGGCUGGUGGCAUGACUCCAUCUGGACCUGGUGCACCAGGACAGGCGGGACGUGAACAACCACAGUUACAUUCGCCCUAUACAAGUGAUAUGGUACCCUCAUCUGGUGUCGGCUCACCAGCGGGAGUGGUUCGUGGAGUCCCAGUUUCCGGUGUAGGCAACCAGAAGUUGCCAACUGGAGCACCAGCUUUGGGAAAAGUUGCAAAGUUGGACGGUGGUAUCCGACCGAUGACACCGAACAGUGCCGGAUCCUCGAUUCAGAAUGCAUCGCCUCAUGCUAAUAUCAGUGGCGUAAUGGAUGAAUCCGUGUCUGGUUCUGCUCCUGUUCAGCCGCAUCAACAGAUUCAUCAUCAGCAACAGUCUGCACCGCCCCUUUCGCAAUCUGGUAUGAGCGCCAAUCCUGGACCUGUUCAGCAAGCACCAGGAUCACAACAACAGCACCAGUCUCCGUCGCCUUGUGUCAUGCCGCCGUCGGGGCAACCGGGGAUGCAACCAUUCCCUGGUAAUUCAUCGGGGUAUUGGUCAGACACAGGAGCACCAAAUCAGUUUUCUGGUGCCAUGCCACCUACGGGUAUGGGACCGCAAGGGCCGCAUGCUUUUCCAUCAUUUCCACCACAUUAUCGGAUGCCUGGCUCUGGAGCACCGCCACCACCGCCCGCCACUCCGGGGCCAGCACAGACACCUCAAGGGAUGCAAGCACAACAUCCGCAUAAUAUGCCCAAUUCCAUCAACUGUCCUACUUCGAUUUCUGGUGCACCCAUAUACGGGUCAAGUAUGAGUCCAUACGGAUCCGCACACUCUCAUGCUCAUCCGGUCGGUCACACCGGAAUUUCCACGCAGAGUUCCAGUGUAUUUCAUCGUCUGUUGGAAAUGGGUACCGAGCCUGAACGUCGAGCGUGGCUGGAACAUUAUGUUCGCUUCAUGGAAGAGAUAGGGAAACCUCUGGUCGGUCUACCCCAAGUGGUCAAGCAACCUCUAGAUUUGUACCGGUUCUAUUUGGCUGUUCGUGAGCGAGGAGGCGUACUUGAAGUGAUAAAGGCACGUCGAUGGAAAGAAAUCAGCCAGCUUGUCAACAUAAAUGCUUCAGCCUCUGCUGCGUACACUUUGCGCAAGAAUUAUUGCAAGUUUUUGCUAGACUACGAGUGCCGUUUUGAUCGUGGUGGAGCGGAUCCAAACCCGUUGCUCGCUCACAUUGAAGCUAUGUCGGGCAAGAAGAAGAAACCCAGCUCUGUUGAUGAUGGUUCGACCCCAUUGUCUGCUUCAGGUCACAGUCUGUCUGCGCAGGCUCCGCCUUCUCCGGCCGGCAGUCACUCAUCUGCCUCGUCCAGUUUAUUACCACCUGGUAGCGGAAGUGCAUCCUUGUCUGGGGUUCCGAGUGGUACUGCUGGGAGUGCAGCUAGUGAUAGUCAGUUGGGCCCCUCCGCACCACAGUCACGUUUCGGGGACCCUUGUGCGCAGUCAUCUAACUCUGCUGUCGGCGAGAGCCCGAACGGAGUUCUUAGUUCACCUGGUUCGGGUGUACUCACCGGCCAUGGAGCGGCAUCGUCUACUGCCGGUAGUGCCUCCUUCAGUCAAUCCUCAGCUCAGUCGCCUCCCCGACCUCCAUCCGGUACUACAAUGAACGGUUACCCGAACACGCCCCAUGGUCCUGUAGAAGCCGCGGCUCGUCCAACUACCAAUUGGCCCUGGAUUUCCGACAGCGGAAUAAGUGGAUCACAUCAGCCGCCAGUAGUUAGUGUGAACGGAUUCCCCUCAUCAAUGUCACCCAUUCGAGGUCCACUAUCUGCACAUGGAAUGCAGCACGGCUUUGACCCUAGCUCUCGUCCCAAUGCGACCACUCCAAUCCCAAGUCCAAAAAGCGCUCAAGCACGCGUACCCACUCCGGGUGCAAAUGUGACGUCCGUACCGCAACCAGCUCGAUCCCCUAUUCCGUCCAGUCUCACCUCGAGCGCACCAAGUUCUAUCGGACUCCCGUCUUCCAAUCCCAAUGUGAUUGUUACCAGUAUGAAGGCGUCAGACGUACCGACACAACAGCAGCAGCAACAACAACAGCAAGUGCAGCAGCAGCAGCAACAACCACCACCGCCUCAUCACCCUCUCGCCGGGCACUAUGCACCACCGAGUGGGUCGGCACCGCCAGGAAUGCAACCGCAACUAUCCAACCAGUCUCAGAUGCCUCCCACGCAUCACACAUCCUUUAUGGGAACACAGCAGCAUCCCAGCUCCCCAAUGCACCCUUCCAUGCCACCCCAUGGGAUUCCUGGCCCGGCGCCCCCUGGUUCUCCAAUGCAUCCUCGCCUAGCCUCUACUCCUGGGAUCCGUGGUCCGCCUUAUGGUGGUGGUCCNCCUGGUGUCAAUCCAGCGCAUAACCUUGGUGGUCCGCCAAACGACUCAAUUGCUUUGCUUCGGAUGCAUAAUAUUCGACCCCCUUCUAGUGGUCCACCACCUGCUGGUCCAGCCUAUCCGCCAAACGCCGCCAUCCCUCCAUUCCACCAUGGGCAACCGAAUUCCACCGGGCAAGCUGUCCCGGCGCAUUUGAUACAUCAUCACGGCCAGCGCCCUGGAUAUGUGGCUACUAUCCUGAAGCGCAUCGAGCACUUCCCGUUUCCGCCCGGUUCGAUCGAGGCGACUCAAAUUGAACCCAGUCGACGUCGAAGAUAUCGAGUAAAAGAUAUUGGCACUGUGUCCCCAUUCAAAUUGCUCAUGGCGCUACGUUCUGGUCUUACAGCUGAAGUAUCAUGGGCAUUAAAUUGUCUGAACAUUCUGUUGCGGGAUGAAAGUGGUUUAGAAAACUUCACUGGUGGUUCACUCGGCUCGCUAAUCAAUAAUCUGGCGGAACUUUGGCGUCACUCACUCGGUGAACUAUUUGAUCACAACCUGUUCGUCUGUAGUUUAGAGCUACCCACCAAUUUGACCACUAUCGGACGUUCGUUAUCUACCGAAAACAAGCCAGUCUCUACCAACACGAUUCGCGAUGAAUCCAAAUUACAUAUGUUUCCCCCUUCGUCUCUGUCGUUCGGUAUGAUGAAGAAAAAGCAUCUAACUGUUGGUUCCAUGCCAAACGGCCUGGUCAGUCUAGAGCGAGAUCUAGUCGCUCUGGCUGCUACACGUGGUGUUUCCGUUUCCUCGCUGCGUGAUGGCAUUCGACGCAUGUUACGAAAAUGUGGUGAUCCAAUUGGGGAUUUUAUUCCAAUGCGUGCACGAAACGGACUUUUACUAAAUCCGGGCACAGCCGGCGCUUCGUUCCAUUGCGUUAGCAACAGCGGUACUAGUGGUAACCAUCCCUUAGUUCCACACUCAGCCUCUACGCUGAUCGAUUCAAGCCUCCCGGGGGGUCGAACUCGAAAACGAGGAUCCAAACAGCUCAGUUCGGGAUAUGGUUAUGGUCAAUCCGGUCUAGGUUCAACCACGGUUGCUACCGGGACAUCGCAUACGAUUAACUGUUCGAGCAAUGUUCUCUCUCAGACAUUCUCUUCAGCGCUUAAAUCAGAAAAUGUCCCACCGUCAAAUGUUGCGACUCGUGUAACUACGGCACCAAACAGUCUCAGAUCUCCGGUCGCCUAUACGAACUUGCGUGAGUUGGCGCUGUAUGUAAUUGAUGAGCUUUUGCGGACUGAACCUGCUCUCCGUUCGCGUGAUGCUCGAUCAGACGGCGAGGAUGACGACGAAGAUGAGGAUGAGGAUGAGCUUGUACCACCGCCACCACCGUCAAGCUCAAUGGGAGCGAACAGUAUCAACGUCCAUAAUCCACAUGCCUACUGGUCUAUGUCUGCCUACCUGAGGGACUUGAUUCAACACGGAGGGGGAGAUACAACUUGUCACAUCAUGCCCCCAUUUGGUGCUGCACCAUAUUCAAGCAGACACUGGAGGGGUGAUUCCGAGCAUGAUGAAUCACUACCCGCUGAACCGGGUGUACCCAUCAAAUCCUCGUCGACACCGCCCCCACCACCACCUGAGGUUGGUGAAGAGAAAUGCCCUUUACGUGGAAGUGAUCUCAUGGAGUAUGAAUCUCUAGAAGAAGACGAUGAAGACGGCGGUCAUAUACGAUCUAAACGUGCUCGACAUGCAUCUAGUUCAUCUUUGCCUUGUCCAGUCUUGUCUCCACAACCUAUCGAAGAGGUCUCUGAGGAUUCAGAAGUCAAACCGAACCCGGGGGAAACAACCGCACUGAAGUCAACCACGUCGACAGAGCAGCAGCCGGACAGUUCUGAUACCGUCGCAGAUGAACAAGAUGAAACAGAAUUCUCUCAGCUAAUUAUGGACGCGAAUGGUCGAUGCCCACUGAGAGCUCGGGAAGAAUUAGUACAUCACGGGCCUGCAUGUUUAUGGCCUGACCAUUCGGAAGCAAACAGCAACGAGGCUCGCGCAGUGCGAUGUUUGUGUGUAUCCACAGUGCUUCGCAAUUUGUCGUUCUGGCAUUUGGCAGAAGUGCCACUAAGUUCACAUAAACCUACUUUGGCUCUCAUCGGUCGUGUUAUUACGCUCGGUCAUAAACAUGUGGGUGCGGAAGACACAUGGCAAUCUGUAGAAGAAGCAAGUAAACUCAUGGAAUCCAGUCAGUGUGCUUGGCGUACUCCAUCCUGGUUGGACGAUAUGCGCGAAAAUGCCCUGGUCCUUUUGGUCAACUUAGCCGGCUAUCUGGAUUUGAUCCGAUUUGAGGAAUCCAUUGUACGCCCAAUUUUGGAGGGUCUGUUGCAUUGGAUUAUUUGUCCUACGGCUGUGGCUAUCGAUCCGUUCCCGGGACACCGAACUUUAAGUCCGCGUCGUCUUGCUCUUGAGGCCUUAAACCGUUUGUGUGUGCGUGAAUCUAACGUGGAUCUAUUGUUAUGCACACCUGGCUCACGCGAAUCUGACUUACAUUUGCUAUUUGGACGUCUAGCUCAUUGGUUGGCUUUGCCGGAGGAUCAAGUCACUCGUGAACUGGCGUUGUCGACUAUGCAUUAUCUGACAGGGGGUGGGGUAUCUUUCAAUACUCUGAAUGAUCCGGCUACUGGGAAAUCACGUGGAUCCAUUGUCUCCUCCAUGCAAACUGGACCAACAAGUUUCGUUGGGACCACCUUGUUAUCAUCAGCGAAACCUUGUCCUGUUGCCGGUCUUUUGUCCUUUAUUGAGGCUGCAGAAGCUACCACUCGCCGUGUGAUCGAUCAAUGUGGUGUACAAGCAUUACAAGAGCGACCGGAACUGAUGGGAACUAGUUUAGAGAUGGUGCGUCGUGCUGGUGCCCUGCUUGAUCGUCUCGCUGCCGAUCCGACUGGACGAACACGGUUCACACCAACACUUGAAUUACGUCUGCUGGACUUGGUCACCUCCCGUGUUUUAGAUGCAACCGUAGCGCAUUUACUGUGCGGUGCACUGCAUCGGCUUUCACAGAACCGACAGGUUUCCGGAGAUGACGCAGAUGUACCAAUCAUUACGCCUCUCGUCCCACCCAUACCUGCACUAUCUGUCGUGGCACAACUUAUAAAGCCUCCGACACCUUGUUCCAAAUCAGAAUCUACGUGUAAUCCAGACAGUGCAGGAUCAGCAAAGUCUGAGAGCAAAACGGACACAUCCAAGGUUACGAUUACUGACGAUCAGCAGCAGUCUGCCGGGGCCAGCAACAUUUCUUCGAAAACAAAUGUUCCUGAUACUGAAUCGGUGUCCGUCGUACCCAAUGUUGAUCCUGAAAAGCAGGCUGAAAAGAAGAUUUCAGAUCCCCUGAGGGAGGUAAAUUUGGUGAAUAAAGAUACAACUUCAUCUCCCCCUGAGCCUGUCAAUCACAUGGAUAAUUCGCGAUGCGACGUCCCUGUUAGAAAAGAAUGUACUGCUAGUGUUCCGGAUAUAUCAGUGUCAAAAACGGACAACGAACAGCCUCUUGCCACUACUAACUCUGUGGAUUCUGUUACGUGGAAUUCGAACUGCGUUGAUUCGUGA